UUCGAACGGAAUAGAUCACAAAAAAUUGUGCUCAAGCUGAGGAAGAACACAGAGCCGAGGGGAAAAAGAGCUGUUGCUGGUGUUUGACUCCUACCCUCCUGCACUACGUGUACCUUGUGUACACUUGCACAGUACUUUCCCAUGUCCCUUGCAUGAAUCAACAUAGUGUUGUAGUUAUCGGCCUUGUCUGGGGAAAGAUUUUUUUUGGAGCAGUAGUAUUCAACACAUCAACAUUUGUGAAGCUAACGGUGAAGGAGAAUGCUUCCUGCAACAGGUUUAGCCCGCAGUGGCAGUGGCCUGGGAUUAGCAGCAGGCAUGCUGUGUAGGCGUUGCAUCGCCUCUUCCAAUCGGCGGGCGUUCCUGGACGACCAGCUUCUGUCGAAGUCUGAAGAAACUGGCCACAGUAGGUCGGAUGGCCAGGACUUCGUGCCAGCCAGCCUGAUGGCUGCGCUGUACACGGCCACGUCACAGAGCGAGGUGCUGAACCUUCUGGACUCGUCUAAGAACUACGGCAAGCGGCAUCUUCUGGCGGCGGCGGCACGCUUGGGUGAUCUGCGUCCGCAUUGUCUCACCGACAGUAUAUACACGCCGGAUGACGGCCUGUAUCGGCUGGAAGCAAAGCUGUGCUCACGCGUGGAGUCGUUUGGCCCGCACGAGGUGUGCUCGCUGUUGACCGCGUGCAGUCACAUGGCACUGGCCUUGCCCAACGAUAACCUGUUGGGAGCGCUGUGUGUGCAACUGCGCAGUCAGGUGAAAUGGCUGGGUGCAGACCGCCUGGCCAGCGGUUUGCAUGCACUCGCCAUCCUACGUUCUCGCACCAUGCCGUUGCUGGAUAAGUACGAGGUGCUGCCGGUGUUGGAGGCAGCGCUCAUAGAGCACAUUGGGGAACUGCACGGGCUUGCACUCUCCAAGGCCGUCUGGUCAUUUCACCGCUUGCUGUACAGGUCGGAUGCGCUGUGGACCGGCCUGGCGCAGCAAACCGUGCGCCUGGGCGAUACGAUGCAAAGCUCGUGGCUGGCGAUCAUUGCACGCUGCUUUGCUGAGCACUACGGCCCGCUGUGUGCCACGACGGAGCUGAAGGCGUCCGUGGAGGCCAUGCUGCACCACUCGUCCAACCUCCUGCUGAAGCGCCACCGCACGCAGAGCCAGUUCUCCAGCCUGUCAGGUCUGCUCUGGGCGGCGUCAGUGCUGCGCUGGCCGGCGCCGCAUCUUGCGCAGGUGGUCGCCAACGAUCUGCAACGCGUCUCCUCCACCGUGGGCCAGGCAUCGCAAGCGCAACAGGUCACCGAGGAGCGCCACCACACACGGGAGGCUUUCGCCGCUUCGCCGAUCCCGCAGCCGCGGGCAGCACGCCAAGCAGCGUCUGAACCCAAGGCAUCGUCCGCUGCCGAUGCCAUUGGCUUGAAGCAGCAAAGCAACCUGCUCUCCUGGGCACUGGACAAGACCUCAGUCACGCUCGGCGGUAUUCUGAAGACACGCCGCGGCUCUGCAGACCGUGCCAAGCUCGCUGGCCUUCACCAGUUCAUGGAGCUGCAGACAAUGGGCCUACCCUCCUCCUUGCCUGCAAAGUCACAAGCACAGACACCGGACUUUAAACCAUGGUCGGCCAUGGCCGUCGCUACGGAGGGUCAACCGCUGGAAGUCGAUAUCGGCACGCUGCGUACUCGAAAGCAGGACCGUCAGGAAGAGGCCACCGCUGCUGGUGCUGAUGAUGGAACAGCUGGCAGCCACUACGCCGCGCAAGAAUCAGCAGCUCACGCUGCACUGCAGGCCUCUUCCAAGACCUGGACGGGGAUGGACAUCCUCGGCCAGGGAGAAACCUCGCGACUGCUCGGCAAUCUUGCUCCACUCUCAUCGUCGCAGCUGAAGCCCUCGUCGCAAGCGUCCGGUGAUCGGCGAGCUUCGGCCAUUGCUUCCAGCCACACACUCGUGCAGCAUCUGCAGCGGGCCCUGGAAGAGCAGCGCAAGGCUAAAGCGGCCAAGGAAAUCGGCAAGGCCGUCCAGUCAAACGAUCAUCGCAAGCAGAUGGAGUUGCUGUGGCCGGCGUCGCAGAGUCCGUUUGGCUGGCGACUCGACUGGUUCAACAGCCAGCAGUCCGCCGACAGUGCUUCUGUUGCCGGCGGCGCCUGUGUGGAAGACAGUGAGCUGCCCGUGAUGAAGACCAGAGGUGGACUGAAGCAGCUGCCUGGCAAUCUCCUGGCCGACUUAUCUCAGGUGGCUGCACUGUGGAAGAGCAAUAUGUUCAGUGACCGGUCAACACUGCCGGUUGCCGUUGCCGACGAACUGGACACAGCACUGCGCCGCAGCCGCCCUACCACACAAGACUCACCCAUACUGGAAUCGGUAAGCAGUCGCCUGAAAGCGCUCGGCCUGUCAUGCCGUCAUGGUGUUUCGCUGGACUGCUACGAGUUUGACAUUGUCGCUGAUAUACCAGCCGCGUGGCUGAAGGAUCCAGAGCUGACGGUGUCGAUGGCAGUGGCAGUGGUGCUGACCGACCUGGCCUCGCAGCCGCAGCGCCACUCACCCGGCUACAUGGUGCUGCUACGGCGCUUCCUGCACAGCCGCACGGCCAAGGACUGGCGACUGCUGGUCAUUGAUGCCAACGAGUGGAACAAGAUGGGUGGCGAGCAACAGCAAGCCACUAUACUCCGCAAGCGACUCAAUCAGAUCUUGAGGUAGAAAGGAAGUUUCUGGUGAGCAACGGCAAGCCACUAUACUCCGCAAGAAGUGUCUGGCGAGUACCAAUAAACCAGCAGCAUACUCUGCAAGCGAUUCAUUUGAUCGUGAGAUCUUGAGUAGAAAGGAAACUUCUGGCGAGAACAGCAUGCCUCUCGCAAGCAGCUCAAUUAAAUUUGAGGUAGAAAUGAAGCUUGUGAAUUGUGAUGUUCCUUUUUAUUUUUGAUUCUGGUGCAAAAAGCUUUUAAUUUUUUAGCUUGCUGGUAUUUUAAAAGUACUGUCUCUCCCUCCCUCAUUUUUGUUCACGAAUUAUUUCGUUAGAUCUCCACCAGCAGAUAUAAUUAUAUCGGUCUGUUGUCACCCUGAACGUUUUGGGGUAGUUGUGGUUGUGUCGUCUUCAUGGUUACAAGCAAUUUUUGUGUCAGCUUUGCGAGUUUAUUUGAAUGCAGAGAACCAAUUGUCUCAAUAGUUUUCAGUUUUGAAUUAUUGAAAUUUGCAAACGAAUAAUUUAACUUUGUGUAGCCGAAAAUAUUACUAGUACCUGAA